AUGGCUACUCACGAACAAGAACACGACCCACCUCGCCCUUUUUCCAUCGAUCUCACCUUAGAACUCGAACGCCAGCUCGACAAUGAAUCGAACCCGAACUCACCUGUAGAUGCCACAGGACGUCCUCAUUCUCUGGAUUCUCAUGUCCUUGCUUCAAUCGUCACUCAACUGAGACUGUCGCUCUCAGAUGAAACUGCGGGCACACUUGAGCAUAUGACGGAAAAAUGCUCGAAGAUGCAGGAGGAACUGGAUGAUGCUCGUACAAAGAUUAAGGAUGACGAAGACACGAUAUCCAUACUCAGGACGAAAGUCGAGGAAAGCAGGCGUGGCCUCAUGCGCCUGCAGUCUGAAAAUCGACGGGCGAGUCAAGUGCCCUCAGCUCUUGACUUGUCUAGAGCGGGCAUACCUUCUUUCAAUGGUCCGCCAUCCUCUAAGCGCGCAUCAUUGAUUGGAUCAACGGCUGGGCGUAACAAUGCCCAUAAACGAAUAUCCUCAGUCUCCGACAACGCCUUUUCCAUUGACAGCUCUCAUUUGACAUCCCCUAUGUCCACUCCAACUCCCGCGACUUUCACCCUUCCCGAUGUGCAGAAAAGCAGGUCCCAACAGCCUUCCCACACGAGGCGGAUGUCUGGCAUAUUCGGUCGCGGGUCACCACCACAGUCUCUCUUCCCUUCGGAAGAGUCUGCUGAGUUGGAAAUGCUACGCCGGGAGCUCAAUGCUGUGAAGGCUGAACUUGACGACGUGAAGCAUGAGCUGAGUGAAACAAACGAGGCUCGCGAAGCUUCAGACACUUGCAUCAAAGCUCUGCGGGAAUUCAUUGAAGAGAACCAGGUUGGAGCUGUACCAAAGAGUCUUCCCCCUUUACCCGCAGAAGUGAAGAAAGCACCGCUACCACCACCGCCGGCUGCUACUGGGUGGGGAUUCAAACUCUGGCGAGCAGAUUCUUUGACGCAGAGUCCUGUGCUGGCUUCUUCAUCCCCCGUCACACCCGCUGCCCAUACCGCAUCCCCAUCCCUAUCAUCGCUGACGCCCCCUGUUCCUCUCUCCAAGAAAUUGGGCGACUUCUUCGGUUCUCGUGCCACGGCAACUGCUGCUUCUCAAAUGCCGCAACGCGUUGAACAAGAACCAAUGUACAAUGGCAUGUCGGAUACGUCAUCCAUUGAGGAUUCUGUAGCCGAGCCCAUUAGCCCCGCAAGCGAGCGCCCUCGGCCAGCUGUAUACGUACGAGAUACCACCAGCGUGAUAUCUGACUCAUCACGAGAUCUUGGUGUCAAUCUUGAGGGAAAGCUACUUCCCCCAUGUGCCGACGGAACCCUUACCCCUGUUGUUAUUUGA